UUUAAUGAUAUAAUUGUCAAACAGGACAGAAAUUCAGGGCAGACAGGGAUGAAUACAAGAUUGCAAUAUUCUACAUGGAAGAUGCUAAAUUAUUUUGAGGUUGUUACUAGCAGAAGCACCCCUGAGCUUUGCAUCCUGGAAUUGCUUUCAAGAACUUGAAACAAAGGACUUCUUUCUAAUUUGGGCAUGGCUAACCGAGGAGCAACAAGACCCAAUGGGCCAAAUGCUGCAAAUAAAAUUUGCCAGUUCAAACUAGUACUUCUAGGAGAAUCUGCAGUUGGCAAAUCAAGUUUGGUGCUCCGUUUUGUAAAGGGACAGUUUCAUGAGUUUCAAGAAAGUACUAUUGGAGCUGCUUUUCUAACCCAGACUGUGUGUCUUGAUGAUACAACGGUAAAAUUUGAAAUUUGGGAUACAGCUGGCCAAGAGCGAUAUCACAGUUUAGCACCUAUGUACUACAGAGGAGCACAAGCAGCUAUAGUUGUAUACGACAUUACAAAUGAGGAGUCCUUUGCCAGAGCGAAAAAUUGGGUCAAAGAACUUCAGCGGCAAGCAAGUCCCAACAUUGUAAUAGCUUUAGCAGGAAACAAAGCUGAUCUAGCUAACAAAAGAGCUGUGGAUUUCCAGGAAGCACAGGCUUAUGCAGAUGACAACAGCUUAUUGUUUAUGGAGACAUCUGCCAAAACAUCUAUGAACGUAAAUGAAAUUUUCAUGGCAAUUGCAAAAAAAUUGCCCAAGAAUGAACCACAGAAUGCAGGCGCCAGCUCUGUCAGAGGAAGAGGAGUAGACCUCACUGAACCCACUCAACCACCCAAGAGUCAAUGUUGUAGUAACUAAAAGAUCAAUUGCUUUAAACUGUUCUCAAUAUUCUUCUGCUUCCUAACUGUCAAUAACAAUGGAGUUGGAGUGCUUAACCAGGCCCAGUUCAGCUUCCAAACAGCGAAGAGACUUAUGAUAAUAGUCAAGUUUAUGAUGCAGAAUUUUCUUUUGACCUUAAUUUUAACAUGCAUGUGUCACUGGCUGUAAUGUUCCAGCAGUAGAGAAGAGAUGGAAGUGGAAUAAACUUGCUUCAGUUGAAAGGUUUUAAAAAUCACUUGCCAUUAGGGAUAUAGAAGAACUGUUUUCCAUGGACCUAAUUGGCCAGUUCCUGUAGCUCCAAUACUGGUUACUGUUAUAAAGAAUAGAAUUGGGACUCUUCGUACUUCUCAAUUAUGCUUUAAAACCUUUUUAGAAACAGGAUCUAAAAACUGAUUAAAUUUAUUCAGAGUAUUGAUGCAACCAGUUGUUUCUGCAGGUAUCCUCUGUUUAGUUAUACAUUCCAUAGUUUAAUAAUUUAAUUACAAAUAUAUUUGCAUUAACAAUUUUAAGAACCUCAUGCUUGCAGGAAGGUGGAAUUUUAGUUGGUACACUGUAUGUAAAUUUUUAUCAACCCAGUUAGUUGUCUAAAGAAAAUAGUGAUUAAAUCAAGUUUGACUGCAUUUUUAAUGUGUUCAGAAGGUGCAAACCAGUAAAUUCAAUUUCACAAUAUAGGAUUUUUUUUGUCUACAAACCGUAAGAGCUCUUCAAGUAAAACCACAACAAACUCGGUGUCUGUGACUUCUUUCUGUGUUUUGAUCAUUGCUGGCCAUUACAGUUUCUUAUGUUUCCUGCCCUCCUUCCCCCUCAAGGAAAAAAUAGUGCACUAACAAUUAUGUACAUUCAACUUGAUUUUAAAUUUGGAUAUUAAUGUACUGUAAAUAGGGUACUCUGCAUUGUAGUCUACAUUUGUUUAAUACUUUCUGUAAUAUUUAAGAGUUGCUUAAAGGUAUACAGAAUGUACAGUUACUUAAAGCUAACUUUUUUCCUCUCUAAUCAAAGGGGGUUCUAAGUUCUUCCUUUAUGGCUAGAACA